AUUUCAAUUUACCGCAGAUUUGUGAAUUCCAUCGAGAGUUUCUGUUCUCCUUUUCCAAUAUUGCCCCCUUUCCGUCUCGCUUACUUGAUUUUGGGGUCAAAAUUGAUCCUUUCUUUUAUGAUACGUAGCAGGGCCCUUGAUUACGACGAUCUUACCGUCCUCCACACUCAGAUCGUCACAAUUUCCAGCUCGAUCCGUUUUUAUUUCCGGAGUACCCUAAUCCGAACCGAAGGCUAAAGCGAUGUUCCUUAUCGAUUGGUUCUAUGGCGUUCUUGCCUCCCUCGGCCUCUGGCAGAAAGAGGCUAAGAUCUUGUUUCUCGGCCUCGAUAAUGCCGGUAAAACUACCUUGCUUCACAUGUUGAAAGACGAGAGAUUGGUUCAGCAUCAGCCAACUCAAUAUCCCACAUCGGAAGAGCUUAGUAUUGGGAAAAUUAAGUUCAAAGCAUUUGACUUGGGAGGUCAUCAGAUUGCUCGCAGAGUUUGGAAGGAUUACUACGCUAAGGUGGAUGCUGUGGUAUACCUGGUUGAUGCCUAUGAUAAAGAGAGGUUUGCAGAAUCAAAGAAGGAACUGGACGCACUCCUUUCUGAUGAGGCCCUGGCCAAUGUUCCAUUUCUUAUUCUAGGAAACAAGAUUGAUAUACCAUAUGCUGCCUCGGAGGAUGAGUUACGAUACCAUCUUGGGCUCACAAACUUUACCACUGGCAAGGGGAAGGUAAACCUAGCGGACUCAAAUGUCCGGCCACUAGAGGUAUUUAUGUGCAGUAUUGUCCGCAAAAUGGGAUAUGGUGAUGGCUUCAAGUGGAUGUCUCAGUAUAUUAAGUAGGGAAAGGGCAGAAAGAUGCUUUAGGAAGAUGCUACAGACUCCCAAACCCCAAUUUCAUCUUCUCAUGCCCGACUUCAGGAAAAAAAAUUGUAUUCAUCAAACUGUGUUUGAACUAGCCCCUAAGUGGGUUUUAAAUUGGAUGUGUGGAAAGCGGUAGUUAUGUCACUACUGUGUAAAAAUCUACUUAUGGCUGCAAGUCUCUGGUAUUGUAGUUUUGUCAAUUAACUUAGAUAACUUAACAAUAAGGGAUUGGUUUU